CCCCUUUACACACCUAAGGGUCAUUGUUUACAUCCAUCCAUACAUGCCUGUAUGUUUCUGCACGCUGACGGUGUGGCAGAGCUGUGGAAGACAGAGAAAAACAUCACCACUGGUUUUUCCACUUCUGCUCAACAGGGUUCACCUUGAGUCCUCAGCACUUGCUCUGCAGAGAAGAUCACAUCUGAACGGAAACCUUGUGGAUUUUAGCAAAAACAAUUCCUAUUUGAUCGUCCAAAACCAGCUGCAACCAUUUCUCCUCCAGCAGUCAUGUACAGCUCCAGCUACUCCCAGGCCAAGUUUGGCCUAGAGGCAAAAGCGCCUAUGCACAAGCCCAAAGGGAAGAGCUGCGGCUACUACAUGAGGAUCGUCUUCUUCUUUUGCUCUCUGAUCCAGUCUCUGAUCAUCGUCAGCCUGGUGCUCUUCCUUGUCUAUGGACAGCCAGAGAAGUCUGCAGAGGAAAAGAGGGUCCAGGAGCUGGAGCUGAACUUCAACAGGGUGAGUGAGAACAACAUCCAGCUGAGAAAGGAGAAAGGCGAGCUGGGAGCUCAACUGGGAGCUCGCACAUCUGAGAAAGCUGCUCUGGAGACCGAGUUGGCGAAGCUGAAGACUGAAGCCAACAACACAGUAUAUACGCUGAAAGAUAAAUUAACUAUCUGUGAAAGUAAGGUGAGCAUGAUGAUGCGUCGUUCCACCCUUCCAAUCCAGCCCCCUCCUUUAGCCACUACUACCAGUGAAAUGAAUUCUUUGAAGACCCUCAACGCUCGGCAGAAAGCUAUGAUAAACCUCAUCGAGUCAAAUUUCACCCAGACGGUUCAGUACCUGAGCCAGGAGAGAGACAAAGCCCUCAGAGAGCAAGACACACAUCAGCAGGAUGCCAUCACCCUGCGCAGGGAGAACAGGGAGCUGAAGGAGCAGCUCACCACCUACACCAGGAAGUGCAAAGAGGACUUUGCUCACUCUUUGGAUGGGAUCAAAACGGUGACCAGCGAAUUCCUGAACAAGAUCAACAACCUGUUUCCCCACCAGCUGACCUUUCACCUCAGCUGCCACAGCCAGCAGGUGCAGAUGGAAAAGAUCCGAAACAGCUGCACGAACCUCUCCAGAGACGUGGAAAACAAGUUCCAGCUGUAUUUAGACAAUGUGGGCAACAAGGUGGCUGAGAUCCAAUCCAAGUCCAGUCGUCUGGAGGUGCAAAACUCACAAUUGACUUCUGACCUGCAGCAGUGUGAACGCAAACACAGUGAGACGGUCGCAGAGGCCGCCAAGCAGCUGCAGCUCAAGCAAAAGACUCAUGACGACCAGAUGGAGAAAAUACUGAUUGAGCAGAACCGGCUGAGAGAACAGAACAAGCUCCAGGAAGACAGUUUGUCCCUGAGAGAUAAAGAGCUUCAGCAAUUGCUCUCUACUCAGCCCAACUUCAAGACCGAUGUUCCUAAAGCUGCCAGCCUACAGGCCUCUAUUGGAGCACUUGGCAUUAGCAAAACUCCCACGGUGAGAUGAAAUGAGUGGUGCACCACAGUGAUCAACAUUUUGACUUUUCAAAAGACAUGUAUAAAUUCCUGAUACAACACUCUUUUACACAACCUGUAAAUACCGUGUCUAUGUUAGUGACAUAUUUACUGUUGUUGGUUUGUGCAUGCUUUGUCUAGUUCUACAUGGAAUAGAAACUUAUAGAUACUUGUGUUUGAGUUUAAACAUUUGCUGUGAAAAGCCUUGGUAUCUAUUGAGGUAAAUGUAAAAAAUAUCCAUGACACUGGUGUAAAUAUUUUCGAUUGUGUGUCACUUGCUGUGGUUUCUGUAGUUACAGAAUUUUUUUUUUUGCAAUUAUAAAUAGAUUAAAUAAAAACUGACUCAAUCCUAAA